AUGUCUACGCCCUCGACUGCUACUGCGACACAUCCUACGCAUCAUCAGCAGCAAUACGGAUUCCCCCAUCACCACCAACCAUACCUACCGAACCCGUCGUACCCGGCCUCGUCCACUCCUCACUUGAACCCUCCUGUUUAUCCCUACGCCGUUCCUUCAACGACAGCUACCGUACCCUACACCCAAUCUCCACAGACGGCUGCUGCGGCUUCCACGCCUACAACAGCCUCAGCCAUGCCGCAGGCACCAAAACCGGCUAGUACGGGGAUUUCUGGUCAGAACGGGAGGCGGAAAAAUCCAGACUGGGGCGAGUUCUAUAAAAAUGGAAUACCAAAGGAGGUUAUUGUCAUUGACGAUACACCUCCUCCUGACCAAUCUGCCGCCGCGUCGCAUGCUCUCCCGCCGACAUCCACCGUUCCGGCUCAGAAUGGUAAUGUCCCACAGCCUGCGGGUAAGAAACGACGCACCGGUAUCGAGACAGCAUACGAUCUGGGCUACUAUGAUCGUCCAUGUUUCUCGAUCAAUCCCCAGCAGUACGGCGAAGAUUCGUCUGCGGGCUCGCUCUCGACCGACCGCACAGCGUCGCUGCACACCACUGCUCCCACAUCUCUCUCACAGGGCAGCUCGGGUGCGAGCAAUGGUGCCUACUAUGAGGAUGCCAAUAUUGGGCAGAAGCGGAAGCGGGUGGCGACGCGAAAGUCCGUUCGAGAUCAGCAGAAGAAACUCGAGCAGGAGACGGGAACCGAUGCCUUCUUGAGCUACAUACCCCCUCCCAAACCUCCCAUCAAGGCAAAAGAUGUUCCUGUCCCCGUCGUUCGCGCUUAUGCGAAUAGGGGCGAAAAGGUCGAUGAUGACGACGGCCAUUAUGUUGUCAACCCAAACACUCCAUUGACAGAUCGAUACUCAAUUAUCAAGCUUUUAGGGCAAGGAACGUUCGGCAAAGUUGUCGAAGCUUUCGACAAACAACGCAAAUCUCGCUGUGCUAUCAAAAUCAUCCGCUCCAUUCAAAAGUACCGAGACGCAUCACGAAUCGAACUGCGGGUGCUGUCAACUCUAGCGUCUAAUGACAAGAACAACCGAAACAAGUGCAUCCACCUGAGAGAUUGCUUCGACUACCGAAACCAUAUAUGCAUUGUCACAGAUCUGCUGGGUCAAAGUGUCUUUGAUUUCCUCAAGGGCAACGGGUUCGUCCCGUUUCCCAGCAGCCAAAUCCAGAACUUUGCUCGACAACUCUUCACCAGUGUGGCUUUCCUCCACGACCUCAACCUCAUCCAUACAGACUUGAAGCCCGAAAACAUCCUUCUCGUCAAAAAUGCCUAUCAAACCUUUACCUACAACCGCACCAUCCCAUCGUCCUCUAGUGCGAUUUCUCGGAAUGCCCGCCAAAGGCGUGUUUUGCUUGAUAGCGAAAUCCGCCUGAUUGAUUUUGGGUCUGCAACUUUUGACGACGAAUACCAUUCGUCUGUCGUUUCCACCAGACACUACAGAGCACCCGAAAUCAUUCUUAACCUUGGCUGGAGUUUCCCUUGUGAUAUCUGGAGCAUUGGCUGCAUUCUUGUCGAAUUCUUCACUGGCGAUGCUCUCUUCCAGACCCAUGAUAACCUUGAACAUCUCGCCAUGAUGGAGGCUGUCAUUGGAGACCGGAUAGAUCCGAAGCUAGUGCGUCAAGUGAUGCAGAACGGUCGAACUGGCAAUCAAAACCCAGCAGUCAAAUUUUUCCUCCGCAACAAACUUGAUUACCCGAACGACGAAACAACACGCGCUUCGAAAAAGUACGUGCAGGCAAUGAAGCGGAUCACGUCAUUCAUGCCGUCGAACAACAAGUUCUACCGGUCGUUUCUGGACCUAUUGCGGCGAAUCUUCGUCUACGACCCGAAACAGCGUAUCACGGCGAAAGAUGCCCUUAAGCACGAAUGGUUCAAGGAGUCUAUCACCGAUGACGGGACUGAAGCUCUGCGGAUUGGGCAGCAAUUGCAGCGCAGCAACGGCCAGCAACGCUAA